AUGGGUUUUUCUCAAAACUUGCUUUUGGUCAUCACAGCUGCAGUGGCCCUUGUUGGUGUUGCUACAGCUUGCUCUAAUGGACAAUGCAGGCUGCUUGAUGAAUGUUCAUCGAACCAAGAUUGUGAAGCUGGACUCUAUUGUUUCUCAUGCUCGCUAGGAUUUUCAGGCACUAGAUGUGUUAGAUCAACCAUCACAGACCAAUUCAAGCUUCUGAACAAUUCUCUGCCUUUCAACAAAUAUGCAUUUUUGACUACCCACAAUGCCUAUGCUAUUGAUGGAUACCCAUCUCACACCGGAGUCCCUCGAAUCACAUUUACCAAUCAAGAAGACAGCAUCACAGAACAGCUAAAUAAUGGAGCUCGAGCCUUGAUGCUUGAUACCUAUGAUUUCCGAGGAGAUGUAUGGUUAUGCCAUUCUUUUCAAGGACAGUGUCAUGACUAUACUGCAUUUGGUCCAGCUAUUGACACUCUUAAGGAAAUUGAAGCUUUCUUAUCGGCAAAUCCAACAGAAAUUGUUACGAUAAUUUUGGAAGAUUAUGUUCAAGCACCAAAUGGAUUGACAAAGAUCUUCACUGAUGCUGGCUUGAUGAAAUAUUGGUUUCCUAUGGCAAACAUGCCCAAAAAUGGUCAAGAUUGGCCGUUAGUUAGUGAUAUGGUCCAGAACAACCAAAGGCUACUCGUUUUCACUUCAAUUCAAUCCAAGGAAGCAAGUGAAGGCAUUGCUUACCAAUGGAAUUACAUGGUUGAAAAUCAAUAUGGGGACGGUGGCAUGAAAGGAGGAAGUUGCCCUAACAGAGGAGAGUCACCUCCACUCGAUGACAAGAGUAGAUCAUUGGUGUUGGUAAAUUACUUCAGGUCUAUUCCAAUGAAGCAACUCUCAUGUGAGGAUAACUCAGGGAAUCUCAUAAACAUGCUGCGUACUUGUGAUGGUGCUGCUGCCAGCAGAUGGGCAAAUUUUGUUGCUGUGGAUUAUUACAAGAGGAGUGAUGGAGGAGGAUCAUUUCAAGCUGUGGACCUGCUAAAUGGCAAGCUAUUGUGUGGGUGUGAUGAUAUCCAUGCAUGUCUGCCUGGGUCAACUUCAGGAGCCUGCACUCCCUAA